AUGCUUCGCUUGGGAGCACGCGUUGAGCAGACCUGUGGUGCCACAGGGCAGGUAAGCGUCAGCUACGUGUGCGCAGUCAAGAACAAUGGCUUCAUUUGUCUGGGUCGAAGUGACCCACCCUGCAUUCAUGUAUUGGCGCUUGUGGUCUCCGAGCCGGCCUCGCUGGACCUAGCGUCUCUCCGUGGCUGCGGGAAAGAGCCUCAGGAUCGUGACAAUAUGACCGUGUUACCUGAUGACAGCGUCAGCGCUUGCCAGGAGGUGCUCCCUGCACAGGAAUCGGGACUUGGUUAUGAUUCGCGACAGCGGUCCGAGAAACUUCGGGUCGUUGUGCGUGGCGGUGCUGUGCCAUUGGAACGGUUGAAGUAUUUCGGCGCCUUGGUGGAUGUGAGAUCAAUUGCUGCCAGCUGGCAAAACGACGACACGAAGGAUUUGUAUGCUCGCUUUGAAAGCCCGGGCAGCGCUGCUGCCGCUGUCAAGCUACAGAAGCCCAAAGGCUUUGCCUACGUGAACAGUCCUGGCACCAUAGCCAUUCACUUGACUUUCGACACGACAGCUAUCCAAAGCAUCUGUUUGAGACGUUCAAUCGUGCUUCAAUGGCUUGUGCUGUCUCCAACACGCUGGACCGCCAUGCCGCAAAAACGCGCUCGUGCUUUGGCCGAUGCAGCGCGCGGGUGCGAAGACAUUCGCAUUGCGCUGCAGCGCGGCACCGUGGUAUCAAAGUCCACCCCAGGGGCACUGAACCUCACCGCGUCCCAAGAGGCAGCUAUCGCUGAGUGGCCGCUCGCUUUGGUGCAGCCUGCUGUCCGGGCCUGGAAAGACACUACAGCAGAUUCUGCGCCGCUUCUGCUCCAAGCCAAUAUCAAUUUGAUCCCUGAAGCUGUGCUCCUGGCAUUUCACAUGGCCCCCACAGACAUUGCCUCUCCCGAAGAAGUGGACGCUCUAAAGGAGAUUGCGCACGUCGCUGCUUCAUGGUGGAAGCUCCAGCGCGAAUCCAUGCAAAGGUACUCUUUGCAGGUACGCUCUCAGAACCGCAGCAGCAAAAAAGGGCUCAUUUUGUUUCUGCGGCAUUUGGCCACGAAAGCGUCCCCGCGCCUAACAUGUGUUCUGCACACCAUGCCCACCAUGUGCACUUGGCCACAUCUCGCGCUGGCCUUUCGUCUUGGCAUGCCACACAUAUGCAAUGCAUGCGCUGCUGCAGCCGUUUCUGCUCGGGUGCUCACUUUCGUCCCCACGCUUGUUUUGCUCAUGGCGCUGCCAUUGUCCAAUUUGCCAACGGAUGUCCUAUGUAUGCUUCUGACCUUCCUGGGUGUACGCUCUGCGCCCUUGCUCAUUGCCUGCCAUUCAGCCGUCUGUUCAGCUGCUGCGCUGCGUGAAUUACGAGCUGUGACGCGCUUGGUGCAGAACACCUUGCGCAUACCUCUUCACAUUUCUUCGCUGCCUUUGCAAGACAUUGCCUCCGCGGCUGCUUCCUAUGUCCGACUUUGCCGUUUCCUGUCAUCGACUGUCCAGCAUUGCGUGCGCCAAGUGGAAGACAUGCAGCUGGCGUAUCCAACGUUUGCCGACAGGGCGCCCUGCGUUGCGCACAUCAGUGCCCCCAGGGACACUGCUUCACCCAUGCAGAUGCUUUUACGCUUUUUGAACGUACCGGACGGGGGCCCGGUGUAUGGCAUCUUCUCUUGCAAUCCACUUGCUGCGUGGUACGGCUUGAAUGGACGCGUGCACGCCCACCGGCGCACCGUGCGGGAAUUCGCACGCUUGCUCCGCAUGGGCAGCGGGUCCUUCGCUGUCACUCCGUGCAGCGUGUUGGAAGACCGGCGCGCCACUUUUCGGCUGAGCUUCAGUGUCCUUGGGGUGUGUGGCGCGCUCGUCGCAGUGGAACCGUUUGCCGAUGAGGUCUCGCUCGUGGUCGUGCCAUUGCCCAGCUUCUUGCUGUUGCUCGGCAUUGCCCGGCUGUGGUCACUUCCUGAGCAGAUCGCUCUGCUGCGCCGGCACAAUUCUCUCUACAAUUUCGUCAUGGAUUGCGUAUAUCCGGCGCUGCUUCAAGGCAUCUACUGCCCAGGCAUUGGGCGCGCCCCAAGCGGCAUCUUUUGCGCCGACAAGGCCGCCGCGACAUUGUCUGCCGCUGUGAGACGGCUGCUUCGUGUUGACGCUGCUGCCUCGCAGCCCGUGGCAGCAUUGCUAGCAGAUGCCGCUGGGGGGCCAAUGGCCGCUUGGCAUUUGUGCAAUCCGGAUACUCCGGCGUGGAUUUCUCUCUCCGGCCUUCUAACCGACCGGAAUAUCGCCGUGCCCUUCCCUGAUCGUGCGGAUUUCGCUGACAUGUUAAAAGGUUCCCUGUGCUACGCUGUCCGGUUGUUCUCGCUGUUUGCGUGCAAACACUUCGAUGUUUGGUUGCGCUUUGUGACUCUUUCCCAGCGACUUGUUGCACGAUUCUGCGUUUCCUGCAGCCAUUUCUGCUCCACUGCCACAGCCGCGUCGCUGCUGCGCCCUUCUACCUUCUUUUCGUACUUUGCUAUGGCUUCUGCUGCGCUGGCGUCCCUGCCCGUGGACGUCCUGCUGCGGUUGCACAUCUUCCUGGGGUGGCAACUGGCUCCGGUCUUCGCGCGGGUGGCCCAGUGUGCUGCGCCCUUGGCAAUCCUUGCGCACGCGGAACAGCAGCUGUGGCUUCUCUCACAGGCGCUCAUGGAACCAAUCCCGGUUCCUACCAUGCCGACGCUGCUGCGUCAGUAUGGUGCUGUGUGCAAGGAAGCCGCCGCAGCCGUCCUUGCACGGCUUGCCGGCCUCACCGCGGCCGAUCUCGUCUGGCCCGGCCUCCACGAGGCUGCGCCCGCGUCCCUGUGGCGCCGCACAUGGCACGACAGCAGCGCCACUGUCGAAGCCAUCCGGCGCCAGGUUCUGGCUCGGGAAGCCUUCGACCUAUCGAACUAUCUUGCCUUUGACCUGGGCAUCUCGCCGCAGCCACUGGUUGCAUGGCAGGAAUUGAACAGGGAAGAGCCCGAGGCCGACGAAUUGGUGGCGGGCUUUCUGGACCUCAUCGACGCUGGUGAGGCAACGUACCUUUUUUACCCACCAGACCUGGAAAGCGGCCGCCCACCCUGCGUCCUCCUGAAUUUCACCGUUUGGGGGGUGGGCGGCACGCUGGCUAUCGAAGAGCCAGAAGUGGACCCAGCUGGAUUCUACAUCUAG